UACCAUAGAACAGGGAAAACCAGAGAUUUCAGGCCUAGACAAGCUUCUAACAGGUUCAAUACAGCAUCCAGGUUUCACAGAUGAGGAUGUGCAGGAAAUCCCGUUUGAGGAGGACCAACCCUUGGGAGUCCCAGUGGAUCCCAUUAACCACACCCUGGUCAUGAAUGACGAGAUGGAGCUGACCGGAUUAAUCGGAUUAUCCGACGAACCUCCGGAUGACUUUGAGGAACUGAAAAGCAAGAGCAGAGUGGACCACAAAUUUCUUCAAAGUCUGAUUUCAUCUGAAAAGAGGACAAAAAGUACCAGUUUACAGAUAGAGACACCAGAAAAGUUAUUUCAUGCCAAAACACAAGGGGACCCCGAUACGUACGUUUAUACAACUAUGAAUCGUUACAGCUGUUCUAUGCAAUCCACGAUGUCUAGUCUCGUAUCAGGAACCACAACUCUGUCAAGUCAACUGAGUGUAGCCAAGAGAGCACCUCUAACAUUAGUGCCAUCUUCUCAAAAACCAGCACUUCUUAGCUCAGGAACUGCUGAAAACUUGACAGCUGAUUUAGCAAGUGAACUUAACUAUCAGUCUGAUUUAGAGAAACCCAAAGCUACUGGAUUUCUUCAGUCGCUCCUGAAAAACCCGAACAAAGAUUUCAUUGAAAAUUUGCGGUCAGCACAUUCUACCCCUUCCGAGUUUGAAAGAACCCAGGUCUUUGCUUCAGGGGAUGGUAUGGAUGAGACAGCAGUUCUGGACAACACCAUAUGGACAAUGGAAAAGAGGGAUCAUCACAGUUUAGAUAUGAUACAGAAACAUCACAACGUAGUGGAAAAAAUUCAUGUGGAAAGCAACUCUGAAGUGACACAAGUCUUUCAUGGAGGGGAUGCUAUGGAGGAAACAAAAUUAAUUUCAGGGGGAAUUUGGACAGAGGAGGAAAUUCAUAUGAAAGAAAGAGAGAAAACUCGCCUAUACAGUACAGGUGGAAACAUGGAAGAAACGAGAGUGCUCAAGGGUGAAAUUUUGAUGGGAUCGGAUAGAGAUGGUGGGGUGAUGUUCAAUAGUCAAGGAGUUGAAAAACCCUUCCAGCAAGGUUGGGAGGAAACAAAGAUAUUUGUGAAAGAUGAUAACAUGGAAGAAACUAAAGCUCUGACAGGCGGAAUUUGGACUGCAAUGGAAAGUAAUGUCGAAAAUACAGACAGUAAAGGCUCAUUACAGAGUCAGUUUAAGCAAAGCAAGGAGGAGACAAAGAUAUUUGGAAAGGGGGAUAGUAUGGAGGAAACCAAAGCUUUGACUGGAGGAAUUUGGACAGACCUUGAAAGAAGUGUUGGGAAGACAGACAUCAGAAACUCCUUAGGAAGUGUUUUCAAACAAGGAGAGGAAACAAAGAUAUUUGGAAAGGAGGAUAGCAUGGAAGAGACUAAAGCUCUGCUUGGAGAAAUUUGGACCGGCUCAGACAGAAGUUUUGGGGUGAUAGAAAGCAGAAAUCAGGUUGGGAAGAGUUUGAAUCAGGACUGGGAGAAAAUGCAAAUUUUUGGAAAGGAAGACAAUAUGGAAGAAACUAAGGCACUAACGGGGGGAAUUUUUACUGGCCCGGAAGCAAGUGGUGACAAGUCAGGCAAGGGUGAUUCCAUUGUGAAUUCCUUCAAACAAGAUGGAGAAGAAACGAAGAAAGUUACAAAGGAGGACAACAUGGAAGAAACUAGGGCUCUAACAGGAGGAAUUUGGAUGGCAGAGGCACAGUCCAAUGAGAAGACAAAGACUCUCAGUUUAAUGGAAGAAACAAAACCUCUAACUGGAGUAAUUGAGGUAGAGGAUUCAACAAAAGGAGGUAGGAAAGAAGAAGUAAAUGGAAUGGGAGAGCAGAUAGAGAAGUCUAGAAAUCAUGUGCAAGAUGGGGAACAGCAAGUUGUAGCUUCAUUAUUUUCGAAAGAGUAUGAAAACAAGGUGCAUGAAAUGGAAGAGGCUGAUUCUGAUAAUGAUUCAGAAAUUAGCUUUAAUAUCAAGAAAACUGAUACAGACAAUACAACCACUCCACAAGCAGAAAAUGUAUUUGCUGCAAAGAGAACAGAACCAUUGGUUGAAUCCACAGAAAAGGAAAGGUGUGAUGAGGAUAUGGUCAUUGACAAAGGUGAUGGAAACACUAGAACUCUGGCAGAUCUGAAGAACCUCCUCAAGGAACAUACAACUAAAUUUGAUGACAUCUUGAUGAAACCAGUCGAGAGUUUGUCAGUAGUCAAGGACAAUGUCAUAGCAAGCCAGAGUGAAAAUGUAGAGAGACAGGGGGAAAAUAAAACACUGAUGUUCAGCAAUAAAAGUGAUUGGCUGGAAGAAACAAAGAUGGUGACCGCCAAUAUCGAGAUAGGCUCCAAACAAAACAUCAUAUCGAAGCCUGAGAUUUCAGAUCUGCUCAAAGUUGCAGAAAACAAAACAGUUUUAUUUGCUGAUAAAAGUGCAGCUAUGGAUGAAACAAAACCUGUAACUACUAACUUGAUCAGUGACAAUGAACCAUUGGCUUUUGCUUCAGGGGUUGCUGCCCAAAGUCAAAUGGUUUCCGAGACAGUUGAGAAAUUGCCAACAAUUACUGGUAGUAACGUAACCCUUACUUUUGGUAACAACAGUGGGGCUAUGGAAGAAACCAAGAUAACAACAGCAUCACUUACAUGUAUAUCAGUGAAAAAUAAAUUAGAAGGAAAUGAUGUUGCUGGAUUACCCAAAUUAACUGACAGUAUUUGGGCAGAAGGGGAAUCCAAUAUGAAUUUAAAUGGGACACAAAAGACAGAUGAUAAACCAUUAAGUCUUAUGAUGGAAGCUAAUAUGGAAGUUGGACUUCUUGAGCAGGGGCCACCUGAGAAUUUGUUUACAGAUGCCACUCUGAAUUCUACUGUUACAUCCUUUAGACCUGAAAGUACCUCAACCAUUGCAUCACCCUUAGACUCCACCCAGGCACUUCUUAAUAAGGACUGUGACAACAUCACCAUGCCCCGUAACAAUACAACAGCUGUAGAAGAGUCCCUCAUUUCCCAAUUAUCCAUCAACAAGACCGCAGUGGAAUGUGACAUUACUCAGGAUGAUAUCUGGACCGGCCCCACCACAGCCCUGUCUCUGUGUAAUUACCUCCAGGUCGUCAAGCCCUCCUGUCUCAAAGCCUCCAAACUUUACGAACUGCGCAGAACCAGAUGCAGCUUAGUCCAGGAGGAGGAAAUACUUUGUGAUGACCUGAAGAGCAAACUACUGGCUGAAUUAACAGUGAAGCCCCAUAUUGAAGCUCAGAUGGAAAUCAAUGCUCAAAUGAAGGCAGAAGUUGAAAAGAAGAAGGUAGAAAUAGAGGAAUUGGAGGAGAAAUGGCUGACAGAUCCACCUGAAAUUUUUCACUACGCCCAGACCUGCAGCCCAGCUCAGAAAGUAGAAUUAAGGGAGAAGAUGGUAGCCAUGAGUAAUGUGUGUACCAGACUCGGAAAAAUUGAAUGGAAAAAGGCCUCAUUACAAGCAGCUACUUUAGAAUUACAAAAAAUUCAGGAAGGCAUUGGGAAGCUGAAUUUAGAAGUGGGAGAAAUUCUUCAGAUGGCCACAGAUGCUAUGCAAAACAUAGAACUUGUAAACCAAGAGUUGUCAGAUAUGGAUGAAGAAAUAUUAGAAAUGAAACAAACUCCUGUUCCAUCAGAGGAGGAAAUGCAAGAGUAUUUGGCAUUAAAGGACGAGAUACAGAACAAACAAGCAGAUUUAACAAAUAUGAAGAAUGAAGAAAUGAGUAUGGCUGAGGCUAACAGAAGGCUGGCUGAGGAGCAUGCAGCUCUUGCUCAGAAGUUGUCAGAAAAAGUGAGACAGGAGUCACAAAAAGAAAACAUGCAGGAACUUCAAAACCAGGCACGGAAAAUACACAACGAAAUUCAACUUUUAUAUGGAAUGAGUGGAUGGUAUUUUGAUGAGUCUAGUUUCAGAAGUGGUCAUAAAACUUUUAUGUUCAGCAAAAGAAAACUAAGACUAGAAAUAAGUCACGAUGAAGAGGAAAAAAUAACGUCCAUUGAAAUGAUGACCUGUGACAAAGAUGUUCAGUGUAGGAGAGAGCAAUUUUGUUAUCAUUUAGCAGUAGAAGCUGUUAAUGGGGUCUACUUGAAACAAAAGUACUCCAGUCUAAAUGAUCUUCCUCAGAAUUUACCUAAGAACAUUGAUGUGCGUGUGAAACACUGA